AUGUGCGAAAUUUCAAACGCUCGAGUGGAACUCAACACUCGAAACUGCUCUACUUUUUCUCUUGCCCCGCGACACCCUGAACCUCCUAACUCUCACAGCGCAGCACCUCCCUCACAGCAGAGUCCCGUGCCAUUCUCACUUCACCAACUUUCACAAGCAUCACACGUGCAGCUCCUUCGGCGCGCGCUGAGCGCCCUUGUUCCGCGCAUCUCAUCAAGCGUGGAGUUUCAAAUGGAUUCGUUCAACGAUGGCUCUUCUCCUCGGCCACGCCGCCUCGAUCCUGAUCCUUUCGCACGUCUGUCGGAUGAUCUCGUCGCGCACAUUCUUGCGCUCGUCGCCUCUAAACGUUUCCGCUUCCACCCCAACCCGCGCCUCACAGCCGCCACUGCUACCCCUGGCACCACCAUCGCCACCGCCGCCGCCGCCGCCGCCGCCGCCGCCGCUGUCGCCGUUUCUGCCGCGGCGGAAGCUAAUGCUGGUGGAGACGGGACCAACCGUGCCUCUGCGGAGCGUGCUGAUGGGAUGGCUGGAAACAAGGCGAUUGCUGUUAACGGGUCGGCCAACAGCGAGGACAAGGAUGCGCAUGGCGACGCGAGCGAGGACGAGCUGGACGAGUGCAUCGCGCGGGCAGUGAAGAAACCGUGCGCGCGUUUCGCACGUGUUAUCCAGCUCACCACCGCCAUAGCCCUCGAGGCUGAAGCGACCGCCGCCAACUACGCUCGAACCAUGACCCUCCACAUCGACCCUGACGACCCCGACACGCCGUCAGCUGCUCAUAUCCUCGCCUCCGCUUAUCCGCCCCCUCUCCCCGGGACCUCCGCGGACUCCGCGUCCCUUCCGCCUCCGCCUCCGCCUCCGCCGUUCACCGUGUUCCGCCACGCGCUCGUGUGCAAGCGCUGGCUCCGCUUGGCGCGCUUCAGCCUCCCCGCCAUCCUCCUGCAAGCCGACCGCCGCCUUUCCACCCAAACCUUCCGCUCCUUCCUCCUCCCCUUUCCACCUCUCCCCCUCCCCUCCCACCAGCACCUCCCCUCCUUCCCGCGCCACCACCCCCUCCGCCUCCGCCUCCGCCGUUUCCCCCUCCUUUCCCCUCCUUUCUCCGCUCACCCUGCGGCACCUGCACAUCGGCCCAUCAGCUUUAGACGCCAUAUCAGACGAUCUCCUUCACUCCAUCGCCACGGGUAUUACGGCGGCUUAGACGAUGACGAUCCUGACGACGCCGUUGCGACUGUAACAGAGCCCGCCGUUACCGCCCUUUUCGCCGCCUGCCGCAACCUGGUCAGCUUGAAACUUUUUCUGCCCCUGUGCCUGCUCGAGCUGCCCGCUUCCGUGAGCCUUCUGCAGCGGCUGACGCGGCUGGACGUUUCGUGCGCGCGAGACGACCGCGACUCCAGGCCGGUUCCAGACCCCGAGGCGCGGUUCCCCGAGAGCGUUGGCGCGCUGUCCGCGCUACGGUCGCUUCGCAUCCGCGCUGCUUACGUGCGCGCCCUCCCGCACACCCUCUCCCGCCUCCGCUCCCUCACCUCCCUGAAAAUCGACGGCUGCGUUGCUCUCCGGCAGCUGCCCGACGGCCUCGGGCAGCUAAAAAAACUACAAUACCUGGAGCUGGCGAAGUUAAAUUCUUUGCAAUCCCUGCCCGACUCCAUCGGCCUCUUAUCAUCCCUCGAAACCCUCCACCUGCGCAACAUCAAUGCCGCCUCUCUCCCAGACUCCUCCGCCCACCUCUCCUCUCUCAAACGCCUCCUCCUCUCCCACCUCUCGCACAUGCACUCGCUCCCUGCCUGCGUUGGAAAGCUGCCGUCCCUGCAAGAGCUGGAGAUAAAGUUUUGCGCGCGCUUGACUGCUCUCCCGCCCUCGCUCGCUGCCCUCUCCUCCCUCACUGCUCUCACCGUUCAGCACUGCGAUUCUCUCGCCUCCUUACCAGACGAUAUCGGUGACGCUCCCCGCCUCGCAUCCCUCGUCCUCGACUUUCUCCCCUCCCUUGCGGCAAUUCCGGACUCUCUAGCUCUCCUCUCCUCCCUAACGCACCUUCACGCAGCGCAUUGUCAGGAGCUAGUGUCGCUGCCAGCGUCUUUCGGGGGGCUGUGCUCGCUCUCUCGCCUGCACCUUCUCGAGUGUUCCUUGGAAUCGCUGCCCGGAGAUUUCGGGCAGCUGCCCGCACUGACGGAGCUGCAUCUGAGCCAACUUGCGUGCGACCUGCCCGAUUCGUUCGGGCAGCAGCUGCUGAAGCUGACGCGUCUCACUAUUACUGCUUAUAUCGACCCCUCUCAGCAUUCACACCAUCCCUCCUCUCCCCACCCACUCCCAUCCCUCCGCCGCCUCCUCAUCCUCAAGUGCCCCUCCCUCACCUCCCUCCCUUCAGGUCUCCACCUCCUCCCCUCCCUCCUUCAUCUCGACAUUCGUGACUGUGUCAAACUCACCAGCCUCACGCCCCCUCCCUCGUCCUCGCCCUUCCCACCCACCCUGCAAACCCUAUUCUUGUCCAACACGCUAAAGGAUACCAGUGACAUGCAGCAUGCCAUCUCCCACCUCUCCUCCCUCCAGCACUUGCGCAUCGAACACAUCCCAUCGCUCAAAACAGUUCCCAUUGUAUCCUCACUCGAAACCCUCUCUCUUUACGACCUGUCCCUUGUCUCCCCCCUCUCAAUACCCAACAUCCACACACUACAGAAACUCAGGCUCCUGACCCUGCACACCCUCCCCUCACUCUCCCCUCUCCCUCCUCUCACAGCCCUCACUCACCUCCAGCGCCUACAUCUCAGCCGCAUGGAAUUUUCCAACCUGCCCGAGGACCUCGGGCAGAUGCAAGGGCUGCGUGUACUAACCAUAGACACCGCGCCGAAGCUCUCAACGCUCCCGGCCUCCCUCACCCUCCUCACCUCCCUGCAGCACCUCAUGAUCUCCGACUGUAAGACCUUCUCCUCUCUAUCAGAGGAAGGAUUCGGCAAUCUCGCCUCUCUCACCUCUCUCACGCUCAACAAUCUGCCGCUGCUGCUCAAGCUGCCUGCAGCCGUUUCAUGCCUGGCUUCGCUGCAGGUGCUGCAAGUGCAGGAGUGCAAAAAUUUCAGCGAGCUGCCCGAGGGGUUGGGGAGGGCAGGGAAUUUGCGCGAGGUGUAUCUGGAGGGGUGCAGCCAAUUGGAGGACUUGCCCCAGACGCUGCUGGAGCAGCCAGGGAGGAUUCAGGUGAAUGCGAAAGAAUCAUGA